GGAUUAGCGCACGGCAGAGGCAUAGAUCUCAGUAGAAGUUUCUACAUCUGAUUUACUGCUGGUUUUAUCUCCCUCUCUCUCCUCUACCACUUCCUCUCUCCCACCACUUUUGUUUCUAUUAUAUACCUUUCUGUCCUCCCCCUCUCCCUCUCCUCUCUACCUCUCCCUUCUUCUUCUUCUCUUCACUCCAUCAUUCCUUCUGCUGGAAAUAUCUCUCCUGAAUGGUGUGACCUGUUGUGAUGACCUGUCAUGGGUACAUCACCAUGACAACAGAACCAGAAGCUCCUCCCCCGCAGGAAGCUCCUCCCCCACAGGAAGCUCUUCCCCCACAGGCAGAGUCAUUCCCCCCAGCCGCCGCCCACAGCACACCUGUCAGAAAGGAGCAGGUGAACUGUGCCCAACAGAACCUCACAAGACAGGAAACUGGUGUGGAGCGAGUGGAAGCUGGCCUGGAGGUGAGCCAGUCUGAGGAGGAUCAAGCAUCUCACCUCUCCUCCUCCUCCAAGAUCAAUCGUUCUCCAGCCAGGACCAGCAGGAGCUUGAGGAACAUGCACUGCAAGGUCACCCUGCUAGAUGGCUCCGAUUACACCUGCUCUGUGGAGAAGCGUGAGCGUGGCCAUGUGCUGUUUGACAAGGUGUGUGAGCACCUCAACCUGCUAGAGAGGGACUACUUUGGCAUCACAUUCCGGGACCUCGACAACCAGAAGAACUGGCUGGAUCCCUCCAAGGAGAUGAAGAAACAGAUCAGAGGCGUGGCCUGGAACUUCUCCUUCAACGUCAAAUUCUACCCUCCUGAUCCCACACAGCUGUCUGAGGACAUCACCAGGUACUACCUGUGCCUGCAGCUGAGGGAUGACGUGGUGUCUGGACGUCUGCCCUGCUCCUUAGCCACUCACACUGUCCUGGGUUCCUACACCGUCCAAUCAGAGCUGGGGGACUACGACCCUGAGGAGUCGGGGCCAGACUACAUCAGCGAGCUGCGCUUUGCCCCCAACCAGACCAAGGAGCUGGAGGACAAGAUCAUGGACCUGCACAAGAACUACAAGGGAAUGACACCAGCCGAGGCUGAGAUGCAUUUCCUGGAGAAUGUCAAGAAGCUCUCCAUGUACGGGGUGGACCUCCACCAUGCAAAGGACUCGGAGGGUGUGGAGAUCAUGCUGGGUGUGUGUUCCAGCGGGCUGCUGAUCUACAGAGACCGUCUGAGGAUCAACCGCUUCGCCUGGCCCAAAGUCCUCAAGAUCUCCUACAAGAGGAACAACUUCUACAUCAAGAUACGACCUGGAGAGUUUGAACAGUUUGAGAGCACCAUUGGCUUCAAACUUCCCAACCACAGAGCAGCCAAGAGGCUGUGGAAGGUCUGUGUGGAGCACCACACCUUCUUCAGGCUUGUGUCCCCAGAGGAGCCUCCCAGGAAGUUUCUGUCUUUGGGUUCGAAGUUCCGCUACAGCGGCAGGACCCAGGUCCAGACCCGACGAGCCUCAUCCCAGAUCGCCCGGCCAGCUCCCUUCUUCCAGCGCUCCACCAGCAAACGCUACAUCAUGUCCCGCAGUUUGGAUGGAGCCCAGAGGAACAGUCCCAGACACAGCCUGCCUGUGUCCCCAGCAACCAGAGCUCCUGCCAGUGUUAACGGCUCUAGAUCUUUACCCAGACCUACUACACAUAGAGUUCCAGAGAUGGGCUCGGGCUUGUACGCAGCAUCGAAGGGCAUCGCCAUGAGUGACCUGAUCACCACAGUAACACCAGAGAAGAGGGUAGAGGAGUGGAAAGCGGAGGAGCGGGUGGAGGAUAAGAAAGUAGUGCGGAGGGUGGAGGAGAGGAGAGCGGUAGAGGUGGAAGAGAGGAGAGUGGUAGAGGUGGAGCAGAGGAGAGCAGUGGAGGAAGAGGAUGAGACAACAAAGGUUUCAGAGGUCUCCCAACCCAGCCCCCCGACACCUGUACGCCAAGACACCAAGACUGAGCUAACAGACACAGCUGUAGAUGGAGAUCUCACAGCCACUGAGUCGGAACAGGAGGACGAGUCUGAGUUGAAAACACAGGACACGUUGGGGAGUCCUGAGGAGCUCCAGAAGCACCAGAGCAACAUCACCAACCUCAAGAGGAGCUUCAUGGAGUCUGGUGCUGUCCCUGCUGGCCUCAGUGAAUGGGAGAAGAGGUUGUCCUCCUCCCCUCUGCGCUCGCCACGUCUGGACGAUGCCCCCAUGAUAGAACCCCUGGAACCCGAGGAGGACUGUGAUGGCUGGGUGAUAGUCAGUAAGGUCCCUCCCCAGGUAGCAGACAAGACCAACGCAGUCAGCUACAGCAGGCUGGCCGUCACAAGCAGGUCUCAAGCAUUGGUCACGACCCUGGGUCAAGAGGGCAGGGAAAGGAGCUAUGCCCUUGGAGAGGAAGCUAAGGAGAAGAGUUACACCCUUGGACAGGAAGCUAAGGAGAAGAGCUACACCCUUGGCAAGAGUUAUGACACCACCUCUGGCAAGAUCGUCACCAUGACUACCAAGUCCAAGGAGGGAGAGGAGGCGGUUGCCGCAGCAGCAUUUGCCAAAGAGCUGAGAAGAGGGGUGGAGCAAGCCACUGCUACGGUCAAGAUAAUUCCUGUUGAGACAGACAGUGAUGUCUCAGGCCCAGGAGGCAUGGCUAAGCUGGAUGGCAGAGGGACCACACCCCUUAUCACCAUCAGAGAGGCACGCACCCCCACCUCCCCUCCAGGACCCCUCUCCCCUCAUGGCCUUGGGCCAGAAGCAGGGUCUAGUCAGGUGUCCAGUCCCAGAUUGAGCCUGGGGUCAGGGUCUGGCCUGGGUCUAGGGUCAGGGUCUGGUCUUGGCUCCAGCCUGGCUCUGGGCCUAAGGAGCAACAGGAGCCAGGAGCUCCAGGAUCAGAAAGAGCUGCUGAAGGAACCUGGACACCUGGGAGAUAAGACCAUCCCUCUCACCCCCCUCACCCCAUUCACCCCUCUGUCCCCCCUCUCCCCCCACUCCCCCUUGCCCAAGUCCCCCAUGGUGGACCUACGUCUCAGCCCUGCCCCCCAGCCCUGCCUGACCAGAACAUCCCCCGGUGCUAGAGUGCCCAAGCCGACGUUUGAUGAGAUGUCCCCAGAGCUGACGGCUCUGCUGCAGUCGGCCAGAGAGCAAACCAGUCCUCGUGUCUGGCCUCCCGGCCCCUCCUCUGGACUCACGCUACUGAAGACCGGCGAAACUCUGGAGAGAGUUGUCACAGCAACAGAGAAGGAUUCCUCUCUAGACCAAGACCAGAUAAGAGAGGAGCAGCUAGAGGCGAAGCUAAAGCAGGAACAAGAAGUCCAGAGUUCUUCUGUGCUGCAGUCAGAGGUUGUGACCUUUAGCAGCUUUGCAGAAGAAGGGCUGGGAGAGGAUGUUCACACCGCCAUGAAAACCAUCACUUACCAAACACUGGAGGGCGGCGCUGAGGUAGAGCCUGAUGCAGGUGUUCUGAUGAGCGCCCAGACCAUCACCUCUGAGACCAGCAGCACCACUACCACCACGCAUAUCACCAAGACUGUGAAGGGAGGAAUCUCUGAGACGCGAAUCGAGAAGAGGAUUGUGAUCUCUGGAGAUGCAGACAUUGACCAUGAUGAGGCUCUGGCCCAAGCCAUCAAGGAGGCCAAAGAGCAGCAUCCCGACAUGUCGGUGACCAGGGUGGUUGUGCACAAGGAGACGGAGAUCUCACCUGAGGAAGGGGAGGAGUGACAGGACUGAGGCUCACUAACCUGGAGGGUUCUGAAGAGUUCCAGAAGGUCACCUGCUCGACCCCUACAGGAUCACACAAGCUGCUCCACAGACAAGACUGCAUCCGAGCACUACUGGACUAGCACACACACAUAUGCAUAAAUGCCCACUCCUUAUAUCUCACCAAGACACACACACUCCAAAAGCUCCCUGGCAAUCAGGCGUCCGCUGGCCCUUAAAGGAACAUGUUUAUUGCAUGACAAGGGAACCGUUCUGUUGUACAACCUCAUCUCCAUGUUGUGGUCUUGAGUUGCAGGGAAAGAGUGUCUAUUUAUUUACUCUCAAUACUCUCUUAAUGAACUGAAUGUGAACAAGUACCUAUUUAUCCUGUAGACAUACCAAAACACACUCUCCUUGUACCCCCAAAUGUUAAGUAGGUAAGUUUUUACACAUUGUCUAUUCAGCUUACAUGCUCAGUAGGCCAGAAGAAAAUGUUUUUCUUUGUUUUGUUUGUAUAUACGACCAUUUGCAUUAUAAACCUAACCGUCCUUGAUGAGUGUCUUCAUCCACACACAAGCCUCAGCAGAACUAACAGAUAGCAACCACCACAGUUCUGCCUAAAUCCCUGUCUCUCUCUGAGACAAUCACACUGUAUCACCCUGACCCCUUUCUCAUCCAUCACCAUGGCUCUGCCCAGUAUCCAUAAUUCCCACAACUCUAAAAUAAACAGAAAAAUA